AUUAUGGGUUGGGAUAUGACGUCACUCCUGAGGUGUGGUAGUAUUUUCAAAAUGGAGGAUCUCUGUGCGGGGAACUUCGGUUGACUGCGGGUUUUCUUUGUCCCAGUCGCUGUCUGAAGCCUAUUUGCUGUUGAUGUAACUGUGGGACCCUAAAUCCAUAUAUCUUCUCUGUGAAUGAGGCUUUAUCGACGAAGUUUAAGGCUUUAAGGAUUCCAAACUGCGUCAUCAUUUUGUUGACUUUGGAGUUGGCUCACUGAUAGUUGCAAGUUUCUUCUCGGUAAGUGAAACUAUACAGCAGAAGCGAUAUGCCGCUCCUGGAUUUUAAGAAGAUCUUCAGCAUCCGACAGGAGCGGAAGAAACCUAAGUAUUACCAGCAUAUCAGACGAGAUGUGGACCCGAACGCGUUAUGGGAGACGAUCGGAGAACUCGGGGACGGUGCGUUCGGCAAAGUGUACAAGGUCAAGAACAAGGAAAAUGGAAACCUGGCUGCCGCCAAGAUCAUAGAAAUCAAGAAUGAGGAGGAACUGGAGGAUUACACUGUGGAGAUCGACAUUUUGUCGGAAUGCAGCCACCGACACGUGGUGGCUUUGGAUGAUGCCUACUUCCACGAUGGGAAACUAUGGAUGAUGAUUGAGUUCUGUGCAGGUGGUGCCUUAGACGACAUCAUGCUUGACCUGGACCACCCUCUGACGGAGCCUCAGAUCCGUGUGAUUUGCAGGCAGAUGUUGGAGGCGCUGGACUAUCUGCACACUCACCACAUCAUCCACAGGGACCUGAAGGCUGGCAAUGUACUACUCACACCUGAGGGUGAUAUCAAACUGGCUGACUUUGGGGUGUCUGCAAAGAACAGCAACACAAGACAGAAGAGGGACACCUUUAUUGGAACCCCUUACUGGAUGGCCCCAGAAGUGGUGUUGUGUGAGACAGUGAAGGACACCCCGUACGACUGCAAGGCUGACAUCUGGUCCCUGGGUAUCACCCUCAUCGAGUUUGCCCAGAUGGAGCCGCCCAACCACGAGAUGCACCCCAUGAGGGUUCUCAUCAAGAUCUCCAAGUCGGAGCCUCCGCAGCUGGAGGAUCCCGGCCGCUGGUCGCGGGAGUUCGCCGACUUCCUCAGGCAGUGCCUACAGAAGAUCCCUGAAGGAAGGCCUUCCGCUAGGGAGUUACUAACGCAUCCAUUUGUGAGGACUGCAGAAGAGAAGAAGCCGAUUCGAGACUUGGUGGCAGAGGCAAAGGCAGAGGUAGUAGAGGAGGUAGUAGAGGGGGAGAAUGACGAAGAGGAGGAGGAACCAACCACACCACGAGACUUGAACAAGAGUCGUGAGAGUCUCCAGAGCACAGAUAGCAAGAACUCAGAUGAAGCAACGGUUGGAGCUACAGAGAAGCCACUUGAAGAGAUCUCAGAGGAACCAGGGCCUGUAAAGAGAAAGAAACCAGCCCCUCCUCCUCCUCCUGUAUCAGAGGUUGUCAAACAAGCAGAUGAAGACAAGUCCUCUGAUGAAGGCAUUGGGACCAAUGGCAGCACUGAGAAACUUCCCGAUAUUGGUUCGGAGAUAGCGCUACCAAGUGUCAAUGAGACGCUGGUAGAGGAAAAAGAGGGGUCGGAAACUCCCGAUGCUGUUCUGGCACCACCAGAGGCAUUCCGUGACAACAGCAACACACCUGGCUCACCAAGCAAGGAGUCCAUAGAUGAGCAAACUAUAGAUUUCUCUCCAGAAUUUUCCGAUGUUGAAGAUCUGAAAGACAGUUCAGCAAGUGUGGCAAUGGACAUUGUGAAUGGACUCCUAGAAAUUGUACACACAGAGACACAGAAGCAGGAGGGGAACGGAUCUGAGGUUAGGGAUGAAGUUCCAGAAAGGGCAGAGAGUGAAAAAGAUUCAGUAACUGUUGGUGGCCUUGAGAAAGAUGCCUUACCAAAGCCAGUUUGUGUUGAAAAUGACAGUUCUGAAACCAAAGACCAUCAGUCCAGAACUGAACAUUUUGAGGAUGGUGUAGAGGAAAGUGCUUCGGCAGAAAUAGUUGUAAUAUUUCCCGACGAGAAAGUGCAGCGGCUAGGGGAUCAUCAAGAGGAUUCUCCGCACAGCAUGCCUUUGCCAUUGUCAGGAGUUCUGGAGCCACAAGAGGUACCUACGAGGCACAGAAGGCAGGGCUCUGGGGAUGCAAAAUCAGAGAACUCAGCUGACAGUGGUAGCAUCCACACCAUGGAUAACGAGGUUUCUGAAGCAAAGGUGGAGCCCUCAAAGAAAAGAAAAGAGUCAGAUGGAUUGGAUUUGGAAGAGAAGAGUAGGAGGAAGAAGACCAUUAAGAAGACACGUAAGAUCGAGAUCGACGGGCGCGUGGUGACCCAGACUCAGGUCAAGGAGGUCUACGACGAUGAUAAGGACAAGAAAGUGGAGCAGCUAUUGAGGAAACAGGACCUUCGUGAGUUGAAGCUGAUGCAGCGUCAGGAGCAGCGCAGCCAACAAGAGCUGCACGUCAAGAUCCGCCAGCAGAUCGACAACACAGAGAAGAGAUUUGAACAAGAAAUGAAUAACCUCACAAGGCGCUACGACACUGAGCUGGACACCCUGACCAAGCAGCAGAAACAGCAUGUGGAGAAACUGGAAGAGUCUCAGACAACCGAUGUCCGACUGGCCACCAAGAGAAUACGCCAGGAACAGGAGAAAGAGCUGAAGAAGUUCCGAGAAGAACUGAAGCUGGAACAGAAGGAGAUGAAGCUGGACGUGGAACGUCUGCCCAAUCAGCGCAAAGACGCCAUGAGGAGACGGAAGGAAGAACUAGAACUCAAACAGCAACAAAAGGAGCAAGACUUUGUGUCACGUCAGAACCAGGCUCUGGAGUUGGCUCUAAGGAAGAUGACAGACCAGCACAGGUUGGAGCUGGCUAAGGUGGAGAGGGAGUUCCUACAGCACAAACAGCAGCUGCUGAGGGCUCGCGAGGCAUCCGUGUGGGAACUUGAGGAGAAGCACCUUCAUGAGAGACACCAGGAGACCAAGCAGCACCAGAAGGACCAGUUUUUCCUCCAGAGACAGCAGCUACUCAAGAGGCAUGAGAAGGAAAUAGAGCAAGUGAAUAGAAUAAAUAACCGGGAACAGGAUGAGCUGGUAAGGCGGCACACCAGUGAGAAGAGACGUCUGCCCAAAAUCCAGCGGAGUGAAGGGAAAGUUCGAGAGCAAAUGUUCAAAAAGAGCUUGCGUAUCAGCAGCAUGAGCACACCACAGCAAGAUAAGGAGAAACUCAAACAGUUCCAGACACAGGAGACUAAGCGCAUGAAGGCUGAGCAGCAGAGGCAGGAGCAGAAGCACACCAAGCAGCUGGAGGAACUGCGCUCCAGACACGACGUCACUAUGCAGGAACUACAGCAGAUGCAGAACGAGAAGCGACACAUGCUGAUAGAGCACGAGACCCAGAAGUUGAAGGAAAUUGACGAGCAGCACCAGCGAGAGCUGCGCGAGUGGAGAGAGAAGCUGCGGCCACGCAAAAAGAAACUUGAGGACGAGUUUCAGCAUCAGCUGCAGGAGCAGGAACAGUUCUACUCCAUGGGAAACACGGACAAUGAGCCGGUCCCCUACUCCGUGAUGUCCACCCCAACAACAUUGUACUGACGCCCUGUGCUGUGUCCUUGAGAGGCCAAGCCAAAUUUUGCCUAUGUUGAUACUGUAUCAUUGUGGCCAUGUAAAAUACAUACUGUUCCAACCUGCACAGUUAAAAUGUAUGAUUUGGGUACAUCUGAAGCUAAAGCCUUCUUUCUAUGCAAAACCAGAUAUUUUGGUCACACACACAUUGUUUCAUAUCAACGCAUUCCUCAUCAGAAACUGACAUAGAAUUAAUUUAGCCUGGACUUGUGCUCCACAUGCCUGUUGUCAGAAAAACCUUCAGAUGUGCCUGAAAUAAUCACAAACAUUUCUUGAUUACCAGUCAAAAUGAUUAAAAAGUUAUGUAUAUGUUGAAAAACUUCAUGUCAAUUGCAUGUCAUGUACUAGUACAUUUAGUUUCAGGGGUUCGAAUUCACAAAGAAAUGUAUUCCAGUUACUAAUGCCUGGUGGUCAUAUUAACGUAUAGGUAUGAUCAACAAGAAAGUAGAUUUCAUCAAUGUAUAGUUCAUUACACAUGAUAUCCUAGCUAGAAAUAAUAUCUACUGGUAAAGAUGCUUUCCUACAAUACAUUACAAAGUUUGACAUAGUUUAAACAGGUAGUCCAUUAGAAUGUUACACGCAUGAAAGAGGUUACAGCACACUGGGCAACCAUUUUAGAUCUUUAUUUGGGUAGUAAUGGCACAAUACAGUAUGGUACACCAGGAUCACAACUCUUGGACAUCACAAAAACAGAAAGCUCUAAUUCAACCUUGUAGGACUAUACCAAUGGAUACCAACUUAUCUAUGAUAUACAUGUACCUUAACAAUGUAAAUGUUGAUAACAAGUAUUUUGACCCUUUGUAUUUACUGUACAUUGUAUGUCCCACAUCUACCCACUUCAUGAUCAAACACAGAACCAAUGGAAUGAAAAGCCCUUGCACAUGUAUUAUCCACUAGUUUAUCACAUAUAAUGAUCAUCAUAGUUAUUGUUCUUCCCUUAGUUUUAGGAUGGUAGUUGAGGCUAGCGACAACAAUUAGUUAACUUUGAAAUAAUAACAAUUGGACAACAAGUGUAUUAACAUUUCAAUGUGUAAGACUUGGUUGUAUACAUACUAUAGAAAGCAUGCAACAUUUCAAAAUGCUUGAAUAGAUGCUGCUGGAUAUACAUGUAUAAUGUGCAUCUUGAUGCAUUUCUUGAAUAAUUGUAUACUUGUUAUUUUCUGUGCAAAUUGUUGUUUUUUUAACCCAUUUUUCUUUUAGAUACUACAUUGUAUUUGUUUUCUCUAGACUAAAAUAUAAAGUGAAUACCAAGAAUAUUUAGUUGAAAAUGCAGAUGUUGAGAAAUAGGAUAUUUUUAUCAUGCUGUAUGAUGAGAUAAAUGUUAUCUAACAUACUUUGUGCUACAAUGCACAUACAUGUAUGUAGCAAUUAUCUGUGUAUUUAUAUAUAUGGUGUUGAUGGUCUCAAUUUAUUCAAGGUAUCCAAGAGAUUAUACUUGCUGUAAGCUCACGAUCACGCUGGAAGUGUAAUCUUGUAAGAUAAUGUAUUAAACAAGAGAAAACCCACUGUUGUAAGUAUGAAGCUUAAUUUACAGGUUGGAAGAUUUUAGGGUUUUAACAUACAUUUGAAAUCUAGGGCCAAAUUUAGGUCAUAGAAAUUGUCCAGAGUUGUGUAAAGGGAACUUUCAUUUUCUGUGCUUAGCAUAGAAGAAACUGGCUGUCGCUACACCAUUGUAAAAAGUUGUAAUUCUGCCAAGUAUUUGUAUGCCAUUUAGAAAAACCUUAGUCUCCAUCAAAGACAUCAGAUCUUUGAAUGCACAAAAAGCCAUAUUUGCAUCUCAGAUUCUUACAUGGAGGACCACUGUAAUGUUUUGGUAACCUAUUUGCAGAUUUGUCCAGCCAUCUCUUAUCCAAUGGAUGUAACUUGUAUCACAUCUGUGGGCUAUGUGCAGAACUAUAGCAGGCAUGCGAUGCAGGCUAGUGAUAUUAUCUCAGUCUAAUGUUGGAGUAUGUGUGCUAAUCUAGGCUUGCUAAAUGAAACAACUGAUAUAUUUUUGCCAGCACCAUCACUUUCUGAACUGGAUAUCAGGUCAUGUAUAUUAAAAACCAGGCUGAUUUGAAGUCUAGUGAAGACCCA